GACUAUGGCUCACUGGCUUCCAGCACCUUGAAGAUGGCCUCGCCAGGGGACACUGCCUCUGCAGGCCCCAGUGAGGGGCAGAGGCUGGUCCUACCACAGACUAAUGGAGCAGGUGAGAUCCCCCUGGGGGUCCUCAGCACCCCAGAGCCACUUCUUCGCCUCCGGAGGACUUGGGGGGUAUGGCAGGUCCCAGAGCUGGAUGCCCCGGAUGCGGAGGCUCUUAUGGUGCAGUGGCCACUGGGGAGUUUCCUGGUCACAGGCCCUGACUCUAGCCAGGCCCUGGUACUGAGGACUUCACCCGGAGAAAUCAACACCUAUCGGAUCCAGACGUUCCCUGGAGGUGUGUCCUUGGGAUCCUCCAACCUCUGCAUGCCAGACCUGCCCCACCUUCUGGCCUUCCUAUCAGCCAGCAGGGAUGUUCUGCCCAGAACACUGCUCCUGCCGCCUCCCACUAUGGUGUCUGGAGACAAACACACAGUUCCUCUGCAGGUUGGCAGGGCCCAAGCUGAAACCCCAGGGAGGGCGCUCUCUGUGGUGAACCAGCUCUACCUGCACACCCAUGGAGGCUGGGUGCUGGAGAGGGGCCCCGAGGAAACUGCCCAGGACCGCAGUCCAGUCCGCAGGAACCCCUCACCGCACAGGGUCUCCUGGGUGGAAGACCCGCUUAGCCCGCGAGCGCACCAGCCUCAGCCCACUCUGGCCAGUCUGGUGGAGAAGGAGGAGCAACAGGGAGACCAGGACAACUACAGGGAUGAAGAUGAAGAUUUCGAGGAUGAGCUCACCGUUCACAUCCGCACUCUGGCCAGAGCACGGAGCAGCUACGUGGCCAGGCAGUAUCGGGCCCUACGGGCGCGCCUCGCCUCAGAUUUCAGGGGUCCCAACAAGCCUGGGGACCCGGCAACAGAGCUGCUGCAGGAUGUGCGGCACCUCCUUGCGGACCUUCAGGAGUACUUGGCAAAGGACCCCGACGUGAGAUCUAUCUUUGGUAGCAGGGGGCCUGGAGGGUCCCAGAAAGACAAUGAUCUUGGCCCUGCGGUGGAGACGGCCGUGUGCCGCGUGGUACUCGCGCCCCUCAAGCCUACCCUGUGGACGCGACUGCGCACGCUCCGUGCCCAGGAACUGCGUCGACUGCGGCGGCGACAAAUAGCCUUGCGGGCGGGGACGGGACCCGAGGGACAGAGCCCCGCCCCCGCCCUGCGGAACCGCAUCCACGCGCGCCUGGAGCACCUGCACGCCGCAUGCUCACCGCGUCGCAAGGUGGCGCUGUUGCUGGCAGCGUGUAGCGACGUCUACGCGGGCCUGGCUGGAGGCGAGAAGCAGGAGCCCCUGGGGGCCGACGCCUUCCUUCCCGCGCUGACGGAGGAGCUGAUCUGGAGUCCGCACAUCGCGGAGACGCAGCUAGACGUGGAGUUUCUUAUGGAGCUGUUGGAUCCGGAAGAGCUCCAGGGAGAGGCCGGGUACUACCUGACCACAUGGUUCGGGGCGCUGCACCACAUUGCCCACUACCAGCCCGAAACUGGCCGUGCGCCGCGGGGACUCAGUUCAGAGGCCAGCGCCUCCUUGCGCCAGUGGCACCGCCGGCGAACAAUGCACGGACAGAACCGGCCCGAAGCCCAGGCCCAGCUGCCGUUUGAAGAGCCGUGGGCUGUAGGGACAGUGAUGGAGGCGGUGGAUGAUUAGGGGUCUCAGUCCCUCUGUUCCUCAAGCAACGGGUGGGAAGCAGCUGGGCAUGUGAUUUAGGGUCAGUAGGAAAGAAGGAACCCAGGAAAAGGGGCCUUUGCCCUAGCUGUCUACCGCCUGGCAUGUCCUUCCCUAAUAUCCACAGUGCGCCUUGGUGGCCUGUCAGGUCUCAAUGCAGAUGUGACCUCAGUGAAGUUCUCCCAGGGACCCCUUUCUAAAACGCAGCCACUCUGACCUGGCUGUCCCUGUAGUAGGAGAAUCAUGCACCCCAAAAAAUGUCCACAACAUCAUCCCCAUAAUCUGUGCUAAAGUGGGCUUUACAGAGGUUUUAGGGACCAAGUUGAGGUUACCCUAUGUUCUGGUGGCCCUCUGCAGCCACAGGGGACCUUAUAAGAGACAAGAAGGUCAGGGCUGGAAAAAGAGGAUCAAUAUGACCAAGAACCAGGAAAAAAUGCAAACAUUCUAGAAGCUGAAAAAGGCAAGAAAUGGAUUCCCCUGAAACCAACAGAAGGAACCAUAUACCUUUGAUUUGAGACACCUCACACCCAUUUUAGACUUCUGACCUCCA